AUGAAAUUUGUCCUGAGUCGCUGCAUCGCUAUUGUGGACAUUUUGCCGGUUUCAGUGAUGAGCCGAAAUUAUCUGAAUUCCAUUGCGGAAUAUUAUCUAGUUGGCGAUGCUAGAAUCAGCUUUGUGGACUUGCCGUCCAAAACAAAGUUUGAGGAUAUCUGUGACGAUUCCACCGACAUCCUGAUACUCAUCUUGACGACUCCGGAAAACAAGUUCUUCCGCAAGCAACUCCGGCGUAUCUGGGCCAACAAAUGCAACCUGGGUGUUCACAACAUCAAGGCAGUGAUGCUCAUGGGCCACCACCCCAUUUUGUCCCAGGCCACACGAGAAGUCCGGGGCAGCAUGUCGUCCCUGCCUCCUCCCAAUCAGUCGUUCGAGUACAAAAGAAGGUACCGCAUCACUCACCAUGGUUACGUCGUCAACGCGUCGAUAGUGCGCGAGAAUUUACGUCAUGGUGACGUCGUCAUGGUGGACCAGGUGGAGUCCUACAAGAACCUCACCUACAAGGUCGCUGCUGGGUUCCAAUGGGGACAUCGGUACUGUCCGCAAGCAAAGUUCAUUGGCAAGGUGGACGAUGACGUGUUUCUGGGUACGGAGAGGUUGAUGUUGUACUUGCAAGGCUACGACGGGGGCAAAGCGAUCGUCGGUUCCCACAAUAUGGUUUAUGACCCUGCUCGUUGGAAUGCUUCGAGGUGGUAUGUGACGUAUAAUGAUUAUCCGAAGCGGGUGUACCCUCCUUACUCAAAUGGCUUCACAUACUUCAUGACAUACGAGUACGUGGAAGAUAUGCUCGUGUACUUGCGAGGAAGACGACUUCUUCCUGUUGAAGAUGUCCAGCUGACCGGACUGGUGGCCGAUGCCAUCCACGCCAAGCGAGUGAACUCCUUUCUCGACGGCGGCGGAAACUGGACCUUCCUCGGCGACUGUUCGAUGCUCGGGAAUUGGUUGAACAGAACGGGAACGUCGUACGAGGAUGGGCCGAUCUCAGUGCUGUGUUUCGACACGAAUUACGUCGAGUUUGCGAGGCAAAAACUUGCGUUGCAACGAUUGCAAAGGUUCGCGCGAGGCUUGGGAUUGCGAGGGUGGCCUUUCGAAUUCUAGGGAAAAAGAAUCCGUGUCCUCGCAUGUAUAUACAGGAGACAAUAAUGUGAGAGAUAAUUGUAUUAUCGUUGUAUCCCAAAUCUCGACAGGCUUGAGUUCAUGAUUCACGCCGAUUUGUGGCUUUCUCUUCAUGCGUGAAGGAAUGUUGGCGUGAUCUUCCAUCCUGAUCGGACGUAUAGUGGCAAAUUUUCAGUUCUUAAGUUGGUUUUUUCGAAUGUUCUUCAGCCACUUCGCGGAGAAUUUGAAGAGCAGUGCCUCAUCGAAGUGCGGUACGUGGUUCAAACCUGAAACGAAGUUUUAAUUGUCCGUUAAUUUAUUUCGACCUUCGGUCAAGCGUGAUGAAUUGUUUCUUGUACAGAACCUGGUAAGUGGCUGGCGAUGCUCGCAAUUGUGAUCGUGACGAUGGUUCCGAUGUGAACCGUCAGAAGGUAGGAUAUUGUGUAAAGCUUCUUCACACCUUCGCUAUUGAACGACGAUGAAAAGAAACGUGUGAGCACGAAACAUGAGCAAGUUUGAUUUCA